AUGUGGGGAGAAUAUGAUGAAGAGGAUAGAACACGACCAAGAUCGUGGAUAUGGCUGGUUAACUUCCACAGGGAUCUGAUGGCGGGAGCGGUGAUUGGGGGAGUUGCCCACACAAUUGUGGCCCCCAUCGAGAGAGCCAAGCUGUUGCUACAGACUCAGGAAAGCAACUUAGCUAUCGUCGGUGGUGGCGGCCGCCGCAGGUUCAAUGGAAUGUUGGAUUGUAUCCUUCGUACCAUCCGAGAGGAGGGUGUCCUUUCUCUCUGGAGGGGAAAUGCCACUAGUGUCCUCCGCCACUACCCUUCUCUUGCUCUCAAUUUCUCCCUCAAGGAUCUGUACAGAAACAUGUUGAGGUGCCGCAGAUCUCAAGAAAGCCCAUUCAUUUCCGGUGCCCUUGACAACUUCAUAGCAGGAGCUGCAGCUGGUUGUACAACAUUGGUUAUCAUCUACCCACUUGAAAUCGCCCACACACGCCUGGCAGCCGAUAUUGGGACAACAGAGGCUCGUCAAUUCAGGGGCAUCAUUCACUUACUGGGUACCAUUCGCAGGAAAAAUGGUAUCAGGGGAAUCUACAGAGGCCUCCCUGCUUCUCUACAUGGGAUGAUUGUCCACCGUGGCCUUUACUUUGGGGGGUUUGAUACAUUGAAGGAGAUCAUGUCAGAAGAAUCAAAACAAGUCGCACUGUGGAAACGGUGGUUGGUAGCACAAGCGGUUACAACCUCGGCAGGCUUAGUGUCUUACCCAUUUGAUACUGUACGGAGGCGGAUGAUGAUCCAGUCUGGUUUGGAGCAGCCAACGUACCAUAGUACCCUGGACUGCUGGAGAAAGAUUUACAGGACAGAAGGAUUAGCUUCCUUCUACCGCGGUGCACUCUCAAACAUGUUUAGGAGCACUGGUGCUGCUGCAGUCCUAGUUUUAUACGAUGAGAUCAAGAAAUUCAUGAAUUACGGCAGGUUAUAUAACACAUGA